GACGAGCAAGAGGUCCCUGCUCGUGGUUGGAAAGUCCUUCAUGAUGAAGCCCUAGAUCAGGUCCGGGAGACUCGGAUGCGGCCUUUGACACAGGACACAGGCAUGAACCCGACCUCUGUGACUCUGGCCAGUGCCCUGCAGGUCAGGGGCGAAGCUCUGUCUGAGGAGGAGAUCUGGGCCCUCUUGUCCCUGGCUGCUGAGAGGCUCCUGGAGGACCUCCGUGAUGAUUCCUCGGACUAUGUGGUCUGCCCCUGGUCGACCCUGCUUUCUGCGGCCGGAAGUCUUUCUUUCCAAGACCAUAGUUCCCACGGAGAGGCUGCUCCUUUCAAGGCCCCUGAACUGCUUCAGGGACAGAGUGACGAGGAGCGGCCGGAUGCGUCUCGGAUGCACGUCUAUUCUCUAGGAAUGACCCUCUACUGGUCAGCGGGCUUCCAUGUUCCUCCAAACCAGCCUCUGCAGCUCCGGGAGCCGCUGCACUCGCUGCUGCUGACCAUGUGUGAGGACCAGCCCAGCAGGCGGCUGCCGCUGCCGGCCGUUCUGGAAGCUUGCCGGCUGCACCAGGACGACGCGGCCAUCUACCCAGCCUCUGCCAAUGUGCAUGUGAGACGGCUGGUCAGCGUGGUUCUGGGCUCUGGCUCUGAGGUGGGGAGGAAGGAGGUGGAGGAAAGCUCCUCUGUGCAGCAAGACAGAAGCUGCCAGCUCAGGAACAGGCUGCAUCAGGCGAGCUGCGAGGGCUCGGCGGCCCCGGCCUCGGACGGUCUGCACCCCUCCAAAGUUUCAGAGAGAAGCACAGAGACUCAGAGCUCCCUGGAGCCCGGUCUGAGCUCCUCAGCACAUAGUCGCGGCAGCAUCUCUGUUAACAGCACUCUCCCGGCGGAAGCUCCCCAGAACCUUCAGGAGGGCUGGUGGCUCAGCUCCGGGUCAGCUCCCUCUGUGGCAGCAGAGAACUCGCAGCCGGCAACUCCUUCUCAAAGGGCUUUCGUGCAGAGAAAGGGAAAGUUCUCCAGGCCGGAGUUCGUCCUGCUGGCUAGAGAGGCCCCUGUGACUUUGCAUCUGCCUGGAUCCGUUGUGACCAAGAAAGGGAAAUCCUAUCUGGCUCUCAGGGACCUCUGUGUGGUGCUGCUGAGCGGGCAGAGUCUGGAGGUGAAGUGUGACGUCACGUCGACAGCGGGCGCCAUCUUCAACGCUGUCGUGUCCUUCGCCAACCUUGGGGAGCUCGCCUACUUUGGUUUGGCUUACGUGAAAGGCAAAGAGUUCUUUUUCCUGGACCCUGAAACCCGGCUGUGCAAGAUAGCCCCCGAAGGCUGGAGCGAGCAGCCCCGGAAGAAGACGUCUUCGGACGCCUUCACACUCUUCCUGAGGAUCAAGUUCUUUGCGGGCCACUGCGGGCUGCUCCAGCAGAGCCGGACAAGACACCAAUUUUACCUACAGCUUCGGAAGGACAUCCUGGAGGAGAAGCUGUACUGCAACGAUGAGAUGCUGCUGCAGCUAGGGGUCCUCGCCUUGCAGGCCGAGUUUGGCAAUUACCCUGAGGAGCAGGGAGAGAGUAAAGCCUACUUUCGAGUUGAAGAUUACGUCCCAGCAAGUCUGAUUGAGAGGAUGACCGCUUUCCGGGUCCAGGUCGAAGUCUCAGAGAUGCACCGUCUGAGCCCCGUGCUCUGGGGAGAGGAUGCUGAGCUGGAGUUCUUGAGGGUCACUCAGCAGCUCCCGGAGUACGGUGUGCUGGUUCAUCGAGUUCUCCCAGAGAAGACAAGGCCAGAAGGGGAGAUGGCCCUGGGGAUCUGUGCCAAGGGUGUCAUAGUGUACGAGGUGAAAAACAACAGCAGAAUUACAACUUUGCGGUUUCAGUGGAGAGAAAUCUGGAAGAUUUCGACUUGCCGAAAGAAGUUCACCAUCACAAGCAGCAUCACGGGGAAAAAGCACACGUUUGUCACUGACUCGGGCAAGACCUGUAAAUAUUUGCUGGGCCUCUGCUCUGCCCAGCACGGGUUCAAUGCUAAGAUGAGCUCGCCCCGUGUUGUAGCUGACCAUGAUAAGCAUGUGCAAAUGGCCAACUUGAGUCUUGCACACCUGGCCCAGCCUAAGCCUCUUUCUUGGAUUCAGAGAUUGUCGCGCUCUGAGAACACACUCUUUGCACCCAGGCUGGAGGAUGCCACAGGAGGCCUGUUGCGUGCGUCCCUGGAUGACUUCGCCGUGGAAACCAGCAAGGAGACAGGGGUGCGAGGAAUUGGCGCCAGCCCCUGCACUGGCUGGGAGCGGCUGGAGAGCAUCUGUUUGAUCCAGAAGCCAACGACUUGUGACCCUCUCUCUGGGCCAUCUGUUCAGAGCACGUGCACAGGGCCACAGAAUAACAGGAGAAAGAGCUUCCCAGCAGAGCCGGACGGAGAAAUCGUGCAUGUGACCCUGACCCGGGAUCCGCGGCGUGGUUUUGGUUUUGUCAUUAAUGAGGGAGAAGAUGCAGAUGAAGUUGACCCUGGCAUCUUUAUAUCUUCUAUUAUACCUGGGGGACCAGCUGAAAAAGCUAAAAAGAUCAAACCAGGAGGGCAGAUACUAGCCUUGAAUCGCAUCAGCCUGGAGGGCUUCACGUUCGACAUGGUUGUUAGAAUGAUUCAGAAUUCUCCUGACAACAUAGAGUUAAUCAUUUCUCAGUCAAAAGGUGUUUGUGGAAAUACCCCAAGCAAGGAGAAGAAUAGCACAGCCCACUCUGGGGGCUUCUCUACAGACAGCCUGACCAAUGGGCACCAGGGAGGCUGUUCAUCACGCACACCAGACCAGGAGAGAAAUACUGAAGAACUAGAAACAGCUCUGGCUCAGAGCUCGAUGCCCGGGCGGAGCCCUCAGCUCUCCCCUCUGCCAUUAAAGGGUGCUGGUUCUUCUUGUCCUCCAUCACCUUCAGAAACCAAUGCCAGUGAAAUCUACUUCGUGGAACUGAUUAAAGAAGACGGGACGCUUGGAUUCAGCGUGACUGGCGGCGUUAACACAAGCGUGCUCUAUGGAGGUAUCUACGUGAAAUCCAUCGUUCCUGGAGGCCCGGCUGCCAAGGAAGGGCAGAUCCUGCGGGGUGACCGGCUCUUGCAGGUGGACGGAGUGAGUCUGUGCGGCCUCACCCACAGGCAGGCCGUGCAGCGCCUCAAGGGUUCUGGGCAGGUGGUAAGACUGGUCUUAGAGAGAAGAGGCCCCAGGACCGCACAGCAGUGUCCUUCUGCUAAUGACAGGAUAGGAGACGACUGCACGGCUGUUUCCUUGGCAACAGCCUUGCCUGGCAGGCCCGCAAGCUGUGUCUUGGCAACAGAUGGUCCUACGUUUGAAGUCACGCUGAGAAAGAACGCCAGUGGUCUGGGCUUCAGCUUCACGCAGAUGGAGAGAGCCCGCUGCAGCCAUCUCAAGAACGAUCUCGUGAGGAUUAACAGGCUCUUCCCGGGACAGCCGGCUGAGGAGAACGGGGCCAUCGCGGCUGGCGACAUCAUCCUGGCCGUGAACGGGAGGCCCACGGAAGGCCUCGUCUUCCAGGAGGUGCUCCAUUUACUGCGAGGGCCCUCGAAGGAAGUCACACUCCUGCUGUGCCGCCCACCCCCAGGUGCGCUGCCUGAGAUGGACCAGGGAUGGCAGAUACCCGUGCUCUCAGCAGACAAAGAAUUCACCAGGGCAGCAGGCACUGACUCAGAGCAGAGCCCCAGCCUGGAUCAAGAGGACAGCCAGAGGGACAGUGCCUCCCUGGACACAGGGGAAGGCCUGGGUCUCAAGCCAGAGUCUUUCCAAAAGGCCACCAGAGAGGCCCAAUGGGACCAAGAUGUAGAGAGACCCUUGGCCACUUCCUUGCCGCGUCGUCCUCAGGCCUCCCACCCUCACUUAUGCAGACUCCACCAAGAACUGGAUGCAGCGGCUCUGCCUACCUCUCUGGAAAAGGACGUGAGGCAAAAUUGCUAUUCCGUUUGUGAUAUCAGGAGACUUGAAAGUCCAGAAGUGGACGUGGAUGAUGAAGGUGACGUGUGCCAUCCACCUGAAGCCUCUUCUCCCACCACGGAGGAUGAAGCGUAUCCUACCAUCAACUCUGCGUCCGAAGGCCGGCUACCCUGUGGAGAAUGCUUGGAGGCAGAUUCAGAGACCAUCCCCUUGCCACAGUUCUGUUCUUGGGGUGCUCUCUGGGAGUCUUUGCCUCUGGAAGCGUCCAUUGAUAGUGAGAGCGAAUGGCAAGAUCUAGAGGAGGUCGUGGACCCAGAUGAUGGUGCCUCGGGAUUUUCCUUUAGGACUCAACAAGCUGAUUGUAAAGAUUAUAUUAAGGAAAAAUAAGAUGGAAACAGCUAAAAAAAAGGAAGAGUGAAGUGGUAGAUCCACCAUUGCCAGAUCUUAGGACACAUAGCCACCGCCAUGACAAAAAACUACAACCUUGUGGGAUCAGCAAAUGUGCAAAGGAAAUAGACCGGAUGGACCACAGUGUGAGCCAAGGAACCCACUCGGCGCUGUUUAAUGGGGGUCACAUGGCAGUGAGUGUCUCAACAUGGGGGAGAGGGGACAACUUCAUAGCCAGAGCUGGGGUAGUUGGAAAAGAUGAUAUAGAGUCAAAGCUCACUUCACUUACUAAACUCACACACAGAUUGAUUAAAUACAAAAAAAAAACACAUCCGAGAAAAGCUGGUAAAAAAGAGAUUCUAGUUUUAUCAUAUCUAUAGAGGAAAAAUAAGCUUCCUCUGGCUCAUAGCAAUAGAUAAAAAGCACAGCAAAGAAGAAUUACGAAGUUGACAAUAUUGAAAAAGUUAAAACUUCCGUACAAUAACAAAAUUAAUGUAAAAAGAGGAGCAAUGGUUUGGGAAAAAUGUAUAUAAUUGUGAGUAAAGUUUAAUAUCUAUAAUAUUUAGAAAGCCCAUUGUAAUUUAUAAUAGAUUAAUAAAGGAUUUCAGUAGACAUUGUGUACAAUAAAAAUACAAAUGGUGGACAAAAACUUCAUCAAAUCAAAAUAACGUCAAUGUACUAAUUUGUGUUCACCAGAUUUGCAAAAUUUUGAAAAAUACUAUCCAACUUUGGCAAAAUUUUGUUGAAGUUAGUAUACACAGAAAUAUCAAAAGCCACAAAAAUGCUUAUGCCCAAUGACCUAACAAUGCUAUUCCUGAGAAUUUAUCCCAAAGAAAGAAUUCAGAGUAAGAAAAAAAUUUGUAUAUUUUAAGAUGUUCAUUGCAGUGUUCUUGAUAAAAACAAUAAAUUGAAAAUGGCUAAAACACCUUAGAAUAUGGUAAUAUUAAAGACAAUUAUGUCAACAUGGUGAAAAAAUUAAUAGAGUAGAAUAGAAAUAGUAAUAAAAUAAAUAUGGUAAUAUUAAAGACAGCAUGGUGUGAAAAAAAGACAAUUAUGAUGCAGUAGCGUAAUGGAAUAUUAUUCAGACAAGAAAACAAUAAAAUAAAUACAAAAAAAUCACAACUUAGAAAAGUGUUUGAUAUAAUAGCUCAAAGUUGUACACUGAUCACAGCAACAGAACAGCGUGU